CUUCAUCAUUUCCCCAACCUAAUUCUGCAACUAAUUCUCUUUUUCUCUUUCGUUUCUUAGCAAAUUUGUGUACUUGCGAUUAGGGGGUUAGGCAGCGCUUGCAAACGUUUUCAGAAGAAUUAUUGAAGAGGAGAUUAAUGGCAGAAAUCCUCCAACCCGCUCACUCCAAUAGGUUUCUAGUCUUACUAUCUAGCGCACCCUGUUCUUUCGAAAACCAGAUUCCGAUUCCGAUUCCAAUUUGGCUUUCGUGACAUCCAAUUUCACGCUUCCAAUCAGUAAUAUGCAUCAAUUCACCACUUGGUUUCGCUUGAUUCUUCUGUUUUUUCACAUUGGCCAAAAAUGUUGAUCUUCAACCCUCUGGCUUCUGGCCAGGUACAUGAUUUACUAUUACUCGAUUUAUGUAAAAUUGCAGCUAUCGACAAUUCUCGGAUUCGUGCCUAUCGCCGCUGCUUGGAUUUAUGCAGAGUAUUUGGAGCACAAGAAGUUUGGCACUCCGACGUCAAUUUGGUUGAAACCGGGGUUGAGGCUGUCAAAGAAGAUGGUUUUGUUAGAGGGUGGAGCUCUCCGAUCAGCUUCUCCUAAGUCUUCUUGCCCGUUAGCAUUUUUUAGCGAAAUAGAAAGGAGAAUGAAGAACCGUUUGCAGAAUUGGGGAAAAGAUGAGGUUUUUUUGAAAAAAAAAAAAACUGUAGGUCUCAUGAAAAAGUUUGUCAAGUUGGACACACAAAAAGGGGAAGUGUGUAAGGCGGUUUACGUCAUUAAAUGUAUGUUUAGACUUUCGAGUUUUUGGUUUGUUUAAUUUACUGUCAUCUUGAUGCACCUGCAUUUCCUUUUCUGGGAAUGAACAUUGUCUACCGUGAAGCCGGGUGCCCAGCCUGAGGAGUCUUAACACGUGUAAUGUAUUGAUUUUUCUUUUGUUUGUUAAUCAGCGGAAAGUAAAUCUACCAAUGAUACCAGCAGGGACCAACCGGUUCUUCCAGUUGCGUCAUCUUCAAUCACUGGCACUGCUGAAGGCACCAUAUCCACUCCCACUGUAAGCGAGGAACUGAAAGUUGCUUCUCAGCUUUAGAAAUUCUCCUAUAAUGAGCUCAAGUCAGCAACAAGGAACUUUAGACCCAAGAGUCAUCUUGGGGAGGGGGGCUUGGUUGUGCCUUCAAAGGUUGGAGUGGAUCAUUGAAAAUGGAACUGCUCCAAUGAAACCUGGCACAGGAUUGUGUGUUGCUAUCAAAACCCUCGACCGGGAUGGACUUCAGGGUCAUAAAGAAUGGCUUGUAAGGAAUGACUUCAUCUGUCUAGAUUUUUAAAUUUUGUGUAUACAUUUGAUUGAUUGAAGGAUAUUUUGUAACGUCUGGAUGUGCCAAGUAGAG